GUAGAACACUUUAUGAGAUGUGAUGAAGCCUCCUGCAAAAGUUAGAUUCUUGUGGUCACUAGCGGGGGGGGGGUUGUGAGAACACUACUGAGAGCAGAACACUGCUUAGAGUCUGCUGCGGCGGUCUCUUUCGGUGGUGGUACGUCGCUUUCACCGGUGAAAAUAUGCCAUAUCAUGAAGACGAACAUCGGCCGAUUGAGGUAGACGAACCACAACAGCAGGCCUCUUUAGCGGCCCCGACCGAAGACGAAAGGGUCAUUGACUUUGACAGGAGAGCAUGCACUUUAAAACGAUGGACUGUUCUAAUAGUUUUCUCGGGUGCUACGCUCCUAGUAGGGCACAACAAUACAAAGCUUUUCGUUCCGCAAUUGGGAAAGUGGUGGUAGACGUUUCUGCUUUCUGAACAAGAGUACAAGGCCGAACAAAGAGUAAAAAGGUAAAAAAGUGCCGCAGGUGAACAAGAGUACAAGGGCCUAACGGGCGAAGCUGUGAUUGAAGGAGAGGCUGAAGGUGCAGCUGGAGCCAAGCUGAAGUGCAAAGGAGGAGACCCCGCGAGGAUGACACACACAGGGCACAGCAAAGUACCGAAAGAGAAGAAGGACGAUGUUGAACUGAAAGAGAAGAAGGAAGAUGAACUGGAAAAGAAGAAGAACGAUUUUGAACUGACAUAGGAGACUUCCUUCUGCGGAGUGGGCAAGCUGGCUGCAAGUUCUUCUCCAGACCAAGCAUGCCCUGUUUGUCUCAGUCCAGAAGUGAAGAAAACCGAGCUUUUCCCCUGCAGCCACAAGGUGUGUCUGAAUUGUAUUGCAGCAUACGCCAGAAUGCUCCAGAAAACGGGGAGCAUCACUUGCCCUCUAUGCCGGACCGAGUGCUUUCCGAUUUUAUCACCGAAGGAACAGAUAGCUGCACUGGACAAACACUUGGAAAUUUCUGGACGAAAGCAAUCCUCUUUGCCUCGUUUUCUGCGUGGAACGAAUCGAGAGGAAUUGAUUUCACGAGGCAUAAAAGAAGGAGGGAUGGCGGCGGCGAUGCUUAAUCAGUUCACCGAUCUGCUGUGCCACGCCAUUCAAGGCCGCCUACCGAUGACGGAAGCAGACACGAAAUGGCUUGCGUUAAGGCCACUGUAAAGUCCUAUUAGAGCAGUAGAGUGCUCGAAUACAGAGUUUUACAUCAACACAGAAUAUAUUAAAUGAUUUUAAGGACGAUACGACGUUUUCAAGAAUAACAAUGGUACUUAUCACUAUCACAGCAAUGGUGCUCUGCCACGACAAAUGCUGCUACAUCAGAGAUCGAUGCGCACGUGACCUCGUACUAUCUCCAGUAGUAGAUUUUGAGCUCCUAGAUGUUGAGCUCGUAUUUGAUACUUUUGAUGCUAUUCUAAUCCAAGACCGAGUACGAUUAUUCGCUGAUUCUGCUGGAGCUGCUGGGGAAAAGGAGAAGAAUUUUCAAGAGUGGUUUGCUAUGCUGAUCAAGGAGAGGUUUGCCCCUUGGAUGAAAAAGGAGUUUUUGAACAUCCUUACAGGGGACAAAGAAGUUUGGCAGGGCCGUGUAGAUGCAGUAGCAGCCUGUACAUACAGGACAGUUACAUUAAGGCUCACUAUAAUCCAUCUUCUUCUUCUUGACAGAGUAUUCUCAGCUUAAACCAGCUGUAGUUUUCCAAAAGUUGACUUUUACUGUCUUUUGAGUUCUGUGUCGCUUAUAAAGACAAAGCAGCCGGCUAGUUUUUCCAUCAUAGCCUAGGUCUCUAUCCCAGCAAGCAACAGAGUACUCUUUGUCUCAGUGUGUUGCUGUUCCUUGUUGGUUUCUCAUCCGAGAAAAAUAUGCUAGUAGCAGAGGAGCCAUCGGCGCGAGCUCUAAUUUGAGCUGAACUUUACGAGAAGUAUUUGGUACAAAAUGGCCUUGCUAAAGGAGAUGAGGGACAAAAGCUGCGCAAUCUGAUACUCGACUGGUACUGCGAUGAUCUUGAGGUUGAAGAGGAAGAAGAUCAGGUUGGAGAAGAAGAACAGGUUUUUAGUCGUGGCCGCCCUUUGUUGAAAGGCGCGAAGAAAAUGGCGACGCUUAUGGCUAAGACAGUGCUUGAUGUUUCUCCACUUCUCUUUCGCUUCGUUGCGCUUUUGCCGGUCUUUGUGGUGCACUAUCAAAUGACAACGCCGGAUCCCGAUACUGGAGUCUCUUUGACACGUGCAACCUUUGAGCAGUGUUCGAGGUGCAUUCUUAGCCGCGACACUGCACUGACGCUGCCUUCUUGGUUGGGCCCCGAGUAUAUUGUGACCAUGGCCAGUAUCAUCUUUUGCCUCUGGAGCACCGAAGACCUCAGCUCAAAAGGCCCCAAGACCGUUGCAACCCGGUUCGGAGGGCGGGUGAGUUAAGGCUCCCCCCAUCACCAGAAAUCCAAUUUUUGUUGUUUGCUGCUUUUCUACAUUUUAUACAUCCUAGGUGGCCUACUUUUUCGUUUGGUUGUUCCUAGGUGAGCACCAUGACAUAAAUUGCGCAUUAGUUGUAGCACACCUCCUUCUCACUCUCUAACGAAAGGAGCUGAUGUUUUCCCUCGUAGCCGGAUGUCUCAUUCCAGAAUUUUUGGUUCUCUUGCAUUUUUGUGCCCCUGAAUGA